AUGAAGUUUUUCACCACAGUUACACUAGCAGCGACCCUCUUCGCCCAGUCCACUGUCUCUCUGACCAAGUGGGAUGACUGGGCCCAUGGAAGAGUCGCCCUUGAAGACGUCUCAAUACACUUUCGCUAUGCCGGCAGUGGUCCCCUUUUGCUUCUCAUUCAUGGCAACCCUCAGUAUAGCUUGACGUGGCAGUGGAUUGGUCCGGUCAUUGCCGAAUCCUUCACUGCCAUCGCCCCGGAUAACCGCGGAGCUGGAGAUUCGUCCAUCCCACCAGACGGCAACUACAGUGCCACCGCGAGCGCUGCCGACCUCAAAGGUGUACUCGACUUUCUCAACAUCACCGAGACCUACGUGUUCUCCCACGACAAGGGCGCAGGCAUGGCAGUUGCCCUCGCCAUUCAAUGCCCAUCGCUUGUGAAGAGACUGGGUGUCUCCGAAUAUGUCCUGCCCGGCUUUGGAUACGAGGCAGCUUCAGUCCUUGGGCCGUACUGGGACCUGUAUGGAAACUGGCAGCUGGCUUUCUUCAGCGUCCCAGACGCAGCCGACUUCUUCAUCCGAGGUCGUGAAAGAGAGAUGCUUUCCUGGUAUUUCUAUCACGGCAGCUAUUCGGGUGGAUCGUCCAUUUCGGAGGAGACGUUGAGUAGAUAUGCGACCUCCAUCUUCAAGCGGGGGUACCUCCGGGCCAUGUUCGGACCGUUCGAGAGCAGGAUCGUGGCCGAUGGCGCAAAGUUCUUUACAUCCACUAUUGGGAAGAAGAAGCUGACUGUCCCGACACUUGCUCUGGGAGGCGAGGCGCUGAUGUCUUUCCUCACACGGCCCGCAUUUGAGAAUCUUACCGAGACUCUGGAAGUUGAUAUUGUGCCCAAAGCAGGACACUGGAUCGGUGAGUCCUCCUCAUGA